CGUCGGACAUUCCUCCUCCUGCUUCCACCCAGAUCCAAAAAAAAAAAACAAAAAACACGGAGGAGCCCACAGACGGUAGCAUCACGUCCGAAAUAUGAGCGGCGAAUAACAGCGACAAAUAUGGACACACGGCCGCCGAGCAGAGCCUAGAGAUGUAGGAGGAAGGAUGCCGGUCACCUCCGUCUCUCGCUGGCUCCUCUUGGUCUCCGUCUGCGCGCUUUGGGAGGCGCGGGCCAAAUCUCUUCCAGAUCACGGAUCAUUCGAGGUGCAAAUAAAAGUCCAGGUGUUUGACAACAGUGACCUGUCACCUUUAGCGGACGCUCACGUGGAUGUCCAUGGGAAUCAAACCAUCUUGGCAUCCAGUAAGGCCGGUAGCGACGGCAUCCUGAGCGUCAGCUUCCUGUACCAUGCAGGAACGUGGGUGAUCAUUACGGCAUCCAAACCCGAUUAUGUCACCAACUCUGUGCCGUGGCACUCCAGCCGGAUUCCCUUGUAUGCAUCAGUCAGCCUGUACCUCCUUGUGCAGCGGCCCGGCACACUCAUUCUCUACGAUGACAUGCUACAGGUGCUGUCCGGAUCACCGGGUGCUCAUAACCAGCCACUGGUGCAACUCCAGAGGAAAUCCAUUCACCUGUCAACCAACUCCAACUACACCGCUUUGUCCGCCGCACUGACGACAGCCAGGAGCCAGUAUGAAAUCGGAGGUUUUCCCUUCCUUCUUGGCCAGGAGACAAAUAGCUCAGGUGCAGAGACGGGCUGGACGGACUUAACAGCAUUGGCAGUGGUCAGCAUUCAACUCUACGACAAAGACGGCAGUGCAAUCCAGGUCUCAGAUCCAAUCCACAUCUCUGUGCCACUUCCAUCUGACACUCACAACAGGAUUGCCACAAGUGUGCCUGCUUGGCUGUAUCAGUCUAAGACAGGAUUAUGGGUCCGAAAUGCAACGGGGUACAUCAAAAAGGAUGGCUCACAGUUUGUUUGGAAUGUUGUGGUUCCUCAGAUGGGCUACUGGUUAGCUGCUUUCCCUACAUCUUCAGGAUUGGGACUGUCCCACCCAGGCUUAAGGGACAUCACCACCUACCACACCCUGUUCCUGCUCUCCAUUCUGGGCUCGCUGGCCCUGCUGGUGCUCAUCCUCCUCUGUGUUCUGCUCUACUACUGCAGGCGGAAGUGUUUGAAACCUCGUCGACAGCAAGGCAAACCCCACAGUUCCAAUCUGAAUGGUUCAAAGAGAGACCAGGGUACAUCCACUUCACGUCUAAAUCUGAUCUGUGGAGGCCAUGUUGAUUCUGGAUCCUCUCACGACACUCGCAAAUCCGAUUUAUCUCCAUCUCGAGAGUACCAGAGUUCAAGGGAAGACUUGACUAAACAUAUUCCAGCUCAUAUGCUACGACAUGCAAAAGGAAAAAAUUGUUCUGGGCCUCAAAGGGGUGAAAGUUUCCCCAUGAAAGUCACACGUGCUACAGAGACCAACAACCUGGACAACCCUUUGCUCCAUGAAGACUAUAACCGAAGCUACAGCCUCAUGGAAGGAAAGGACUCCGAAUAUCAUCGACACCACAAUGCCAAUGACAAUCGUGGAUAUGCCUCUGAUCCCCCAUCCCCACCGCGUUUCCAAGGCUAUGUGCCAAGCCAGACUGACAAACCCCCAGAAUAUUCAGCAGCAGCAGCAGACAGCUUGGCUAGACCCACGUCCCUCAACACCCAACCGGGUCAGAUUAUCUUCUGCAGCUCCAUUGACCAGAUGAAGGAAAACAUGUAUCGGAGCAUGGUGCCAACGCUGGUCAUUCCAGCCCACUACAUGCGUUUGCCCUCUGAGUUUUCAAGUAAAGAUGGUAAGGACCAGAAGGAACAAGACAAGGAUGGUGCUCAGAUGGGAGGAGGCCAGUUGCACCAUCUUCAUGCCCAAAAGCAGAGCCAACAGCAGGCACAGCAACAGCAGCAAGCUGGAUCCCUUGGUGAUGACUCCGAGGAGCCAAGUUGGGCAUCUGAUUCAUCUGGAGGGCCUGUGACCAUCCCUGUGCUCUUCAACGAUUCCACUAUGGCACAGAUGAAUGGAGAACUACAGGCUCUGACCGAGAAGAAACUACUGGAACUGGGUGUGAAGCAGCACCCACGGGCGUGGUUCAUCUCUCUGGAUGGACGUGCCAAUGCCCAUGUUCGCCACUCCUACAUAGAUGUUGGCAAUGACCUCAGUGGCAAUGGUGGUGGAUUUGGUGGUGGUUCCAGCAGCACUCCUCGAGAUGUCAACCUUGAACCACCCAUGGAGGCCCAAGAGCGCAAAUCGGCAUCCAACCGGAAGGGCAAAGAUGAGCGUUGGGGAGGAGGAAGGAAGGGACAAGGUGUUCUCAGCAGUGGUGGGAAAAAUUAUUCCAAGCUAGCCUACCCGGAUCACAGCGAGCCCAGCAGCAGUGAGGGACGCCCAGUAUCACCUGAGGAGAAUUCCCUCACCCCUCUUCUGGAUGAAGGUUCAUCUUCCCGAGGAUCCACCAUCACCAGGAGGGGACGUAGCCGUGUAAGCAGCUGCCGCAGCAGUAACAGCGAGAAUCGCCGCGACUCCAUGACCAGUCCUGAGGAAGAUCCUGAUGAUAAAGAUGAGAACAAAAAGAGCCCCUGGCAAAAAAUAGAAGACAGACCACUCAUGGUCUUCCACCCGAGGAAGUAGAGCAUUUUGAACUUCCCGAACACUGGACAUUUUACUCUUCUCCACGGGGAAGCUGUCCACGUCAGAUAUGAUACGGUGUGAUGUUCUCACCACACAAGAUCACAAUAAGCACAACCAUACUUUUCCAAUCUGGUAUCUGGUUGUUGUUUGACCUUUAUGCUUCUGGUGAGGUGUUUUUACACUUUCUGAUUACUCUUGUCGUCUCACUGUCAAGUAAUCCAUUGGUUUUCACUGGGACGACUACUGGUUGACCGAAACCUUAAGUUCUAGUGGACGUUGUUACGUAUACAUCACUGAACCACCAUCUGAGCCAUUGCAUAUGCUGUGGAAAUAGCCAUUUUACAGAGCAAAA